CAGAGCGCGCACAGCUCUAUCAGGACGGCGUCGCUGCUCGAGCCCUCUGCUCUUGCUGUUUGUUACCCGAGGGCAGUUGUCGUCCUCGAGCGCUGCCGCUGCUGUUAUUGCUGCUGCUGCUGCUAGUGGUGGAGGAGGCUCGAGCCUUGGAGCUUUGGAGCCGACCGGGCUCUCGCUGGUCGGGGUUGGUCUGCGGUGAUCGGGUUUCUUGGAGUAAGUUGAGCGAGCGAGAGAGAGAUUGAUCAGGGGAGGGGGGCUCGGAGGGCAUUGGGUCGGAUCGGUGCUGGAUCCGGAGGGCGGGGAUCGGGGAAUGUGGUGGGGAGGGUGGGAUGGUUGUCCGAGCAGCGGCAGGAGCAGCAGGAGUGGGAGGAGGAGGAGGGGGGCGGACGUGAGAGGAACGUGAUUACGAACUCAACGACGGAUUAGCUGUCUGUGUGUGUGGGGGUGUUACUGAGAUCUGGUGGUGUGGUUAGUGUCGCAGUGGGUCGUUGAUGCUGCUGUUGUUGUUGUUGUUGUUGGUGGUGGUGGUGGUGCUGUAGGGAGAACGGAUGGUGAUGAUGACGGUGGUGAUGGUGGUGAAGGAGGAGGUUUUUGGUGAGUCAAUUGGCUCAGUAUUGUGCGACUGAGGGGCCCGGAAGGGUCAGAUUGGCUCGUCGAGGAUAAUCCGAUGAGAUGAGGUGACUGGUGCAUGCAGAGCGACGAGGAAGAGGAAGAGGCAGAGAGGGAUUGAGAAAGAGAGAGGGAGAGAGGGGAGGAGAAGGAGGAGGAUUAGGAGGAAGAUUUUGAAGAAGGCGCCGAUGAUGGUGAUGGCGAUGUCCGAGGAUUCGUCGUAGAGUUCGGAUCUUGGUUGGUGCAAGCUCCCCUAUUUCUGUCUCAAUGCUGCAUAACUUGGAGCAGAUCUUGCGUCAUGAAUUGAGUCGCCGCCAUCAUCAUGAACCUGUCGAGCCUCGGACAUGUUUUCUGAAGGCGAAGAAUUUGUAGGGAUUGAAUUCCUGAGAUUAGACAGGUGACAGUCGAAAAUCAUGAACCGAAAACUUUGGACUCUGGAGGCUGGUUUAUUCUCCAGAAUUCCACUGGGUCACUGUCAUCACCGCCGGGAGCAGCAACUAGUCUUCACGCAGCAGCAGCAGCAGCAACAGCAUAAGCCGAGUCAUCAGGGUUAAAAUUAAAAUGGGUUCCUCGGACGACCUCUCAUACUGGAGUGAUAAACUAUUCAAGCGGGGAACGGCGGCGAAAGAUUCCUCGCCUAGCAAGACUGCUUGUUCCCCCCCGGAUCAUUCCAGGAGCAAUCCCCCUUCGUUGUCACUGCCUUCCACAUCAUUUCACGAUAGCAAAAUCGGAUCGAGCAACAGGCCAAAUAGAGGAUAUGAGAAUUGGAUACCCAAAGGCUAUAUCUUGGCCACGAUAUGCCUUUUGUCAAUAUUUGCUCUGUCCGGCUCCUUCAUGUUUGCCCACACGUUCGGGCAGUCCUCAGAUCCGAAUUUGAAUUCGGAAGAUGAGGGAUGGACUGGAGGUAUGCACUUAGCGGAUCGCUGGAGGUUGUAUGGUCGGUCUCAUGAACUGGAUGUCAGGGACGCGCAAUGGGCCGAGCAGAUUAUGUCACUGACGGACCGAGGGGUGACAUGUGAUCCCAGAUUUGCGAUGCUAAAAGUUUACAUGUACGAUUUGCCUUCAGAAUUUCACUUCGGUAUGACAAGUACUUUCGAACCUUCUUUAGAACCCCAAAACCCUUGGCCCAGAAAUCUGUCUAGCCUGCCAAGGUACCCGGGUGGCUUGUACCAACAGCAUAGCCCCGAAUACUGGCUCACGGCAGAUCUGCUAACAUCUACCAUGCCCGAAAGACGUACAGAGUGUACAGCCGUGCGAGUUUAUAACCCCAAACAUGCGGACGUAUUUUAUGUCCCUUUUUUCGCGUCACUGAGCUAUAACAAGUACACGAAGAUUGAGCACAAGGAGAACGAAGAUCGGAAUGAGCUACUGCAGGAGCAACUUCUCUACUUCUUGAGGAACCAAUCAUGGUGGCAGCGCUCGGGGGGCAAAGAUCACAUUGUCGUGAUCCACCACCCUAAUAGCUUGCAUCUAGUCCGAGAGCAGCUCAGCGCUGCCAUGUAUGUCGUUUGCGACUUCGGGCGCUAUCCACCAUCGGUGGCCAACAUCGGGAAGGACAUCGUGGCACCUUACAAGCAUGUCAUAACGUCAUACACUGAUGACACUAGCCAAUAUGAUUCUCGCCCCAUGCUGCUCUUUUUCCAAGGGGCGAUUGUUCGAAAAGAGGGUGGCGUCAUCCGUCAGAAGCUGUUCGAGUUGCUCAAAGAUGAAGAAGGAGUGCACUUCGCAACUGGGAACACUCAAAGCAAUGGCAUCAAAAGUGCCAUGGUCGGCAUGCGGUCGUCCAAGUUUUGCCUCCAUCUUGCUGGAGACACUCCUUCUUCAAAUCGCCUUUUUGAUGCCAUUGCCAGUCACUGCGUACCUGUGAUCAUAAGUGAUGAAAUUGAACUUCCAUACGAAGACGAGGUAGACUACUCAGAGUUUUGUUUGUUCGUCCGGUUUGAAGAUGCUCUCAAAAGAGACUUCGUCAUAGACUUGCUGCGAAGUGUGAAGCAAGAGGAGUGGACCAGAUUGUGGAAAAAGUUAAAGAACGUGAGUAUCAAUUUCGAAUACCAGCACCCAACAGUGCCGCACGAUGCCGUGAAUAUGGUCUGGAAGGCCAUUGCAAGACGAGUACCUUCUGUAAAGUUGAACUUGAACAAAGGCAAGCGUUAUGCCAGAUCAGGCUGGGUAAAGCCAGUUUACGAGACACCUUCUCUUGCCGCAGGAUCGAUCAACUAUGAACUCAAAUCCUAGGUUUUAGGCAUCGAGUAUAUGAGUUUGUUUCAUUUGUCUUAGAGGACAAUAUGCGGACUUACAACAGCCAUAUUUUAUACAAACAAACCUAGUUGGGCAAUUGUACUGCAGAUUACGGGGUAAGCGGUACCAUGAACCUACGAAUUACGAACAAGAUCUAGAUCCAAUGUCAUAAACUCAGUGACAGGCUCAAAGAUUGAGAUCAAAGUAUGCAAUUUGUCUUUUACUUCCUUAUCUGCCCUCAUGUUCGGGAUCAUUCGUUUUUCUUCGUUAUAGUAUCUUUAGCAGUGUAGGCAUUCGACGAGAAUCUUCGCAUUGUUCAUCACAAUUCUUGGUACUUGAAGAAAAUGAAGUCAACAGCAGCGUGCUUAUCAGGUCUGUCUGUACAUGAAAGUAUACACCUUUUAUCUGUUGGAUGUGGAAGUAUGACUUGGAAAGAAAGAUUCCGAGCACAGAGUUUCGAGAGCCUCAAGGAAAAUUCUCUUCAGAGAUGGUCGAAGCUGUACGAAUUAUGCUUCAUCUGCAUGCAAGGUUGGUACCGAAAGUUCGCGACACAUUACUCAAGUUGGUACUUUUAAAACUGAGUCUGAGCUUAAGCUUGCAGACAAACACAGGUACUCGACAUUCGCUGUUUUCUCCUUGUAAGGAUUCCUCCUUUGAGAACGCUCACCAUCUAGACCAUGCUACACCUUUGGGUUGUCGAGGUAGAAAGUUUCUCAUUGAAGGUGAGCGAACUUAUGAAUCAUGUUUAAAAAAAAUUUCAGCUAUUCUUAUAAAUUUUUUUCUUAGUAGUCGGAUUUGGCUCUUCUACCACGACAAAUUACAUCCAAGGACCUGUUAUAUUCGAUGACCUUGUAUUAUAAGUCGAUCCGUCAUUGUACGAACGAGUGCGUUGCUAAGAGCAUACUAGCAUAGAUCAUUGGUAUUCUUCGAAGUUUAUCAGAGGAAGAUACAGGCACGUCUAACUUGACCUAUAGAUUUAGUUGUAUGCACAUGCACUAACACACUGACUAAUAACUCAAAAGGUAGUGGUAAAUCACCCCCUGCCAAUCUCUAUAAAAAAUAGCCAAAAAAAUGAUUCCUAAAGUUAUUACC